UUCUUGGCACCCCGUAUACCGACAUCCCCUUUAAUUUCAAAUUGAUUUUUUUCGGGAUGACUGGAUGCCAUUUUUCGUCAACAUUAGCGUGCUGAACGGGCAACGUCGCUAAACAAAACCCAGCUACAUAGACGAACUCCCUGCCCAUUCCGUGAUUUGCCGCGCAACAUCUCUGAUGCCGUUCUUGACCGGAUCAAAAUUCAUUCACGAUAUUCGAUUGUAAUAUGAACCCCGUCACUCACUACGAAGUGUUUUUGAUUUUAGAACUGCUUUUGCCGAACCGAUUGACUAUUUGAUGACUGCAGCGUACAGAAUUGCCGUAUUGGUCACGCUUUACCGGCGAUAGGUGAAUAAAUUAAUCACAGGGCGGAUCGCUGCAUCAGCUGAGUUUAGCCAGCACAACGUAAUCACAUUCACAUACAUAUAUAAAUCGUUUUAUCGGCCGGCUAGCCACGGCAAUUUUCUCUUGUCACCUGUAGAUGCAAAUUAUUUGAAUUUAUCGGUUUUGAUUUGUCUUAUACCGGACAUUACCUGAAUGUUUGCUGCUACCACCUAAUUCCGCGGCUAUAUUUAUCCAGCUAUAAAUCUGAACGAUAUUGGGCGCUAUAUAGCGACAGUGUUUUGCACCGGCAUUCACAAGCCGACUUGUCCUAAUUCAGUUUGGAUCCCCCAUCACUCCAGAUCGGAUGCCCCUUAUUAAUUUAUGGUUAAAGUGAUUUGCGAGUAUCUUUCACCCGGGUUUUUUUGUCCCGACACACGUUUUCCGUGACAUCGGCCCAUCUGUCGUCUGCAUGCAUAAUCUCGCGUCAAGAUUACAACAACGUGCAAUUGGCACUUGCUGGCACGCCGGCUAUGGCAUUUCCGGCUGAUGCUCCAUGGGGGAUAAAGGGAGCUAUAGUGUAUUAAAUGCGUCCCGGUUUCUACUGCUGCCAGUCUUCAUCAUUGCGCUGCGCGAAUUAAGUGUUUAUACAAUGUCGACAAGUGUACUAAUGUUGACGUUGUGCUUUGCAAAUUGCGUAUCAGGUCAAUGGAACUUAAACGCCGGUCCCAGUAGUUUUCAAGGAACAUUAACGGCGCUUAACAGCAACUCGGGGCCAGCAUUUGCUGCAACUUCAUCAAACAUUUUCCCGCCUCCGAGUGGCGAUGGAUUUUUCAGCAGUGCUUUGUCCAAUCGGGCCGGAAGCAUUGAUAACUGGAAUUGGUUGAACGGACAGAAUGCGCCGGGGAGUAUAAGCUUCUUUACUUCCGGUGCCGGAGCGCCUGGAUUCCCACCGUCCCACUCGGCGCCAUUCAAUGCCAUAACCACACCGUACUACGGCUCCCCAAUAGGCAGUCUGAGCACAUAUCAGCACGGGACUUCCGGUUCGGUGUAUGCCGUCGAUGACCAGACCAUUCUGGUCAGAGGCUUCGUUUACGAUGGGCUCGCCCCAGAUGCCUUUUUUUACAUUGGUACCAGUGAAUCAGCACAGCCCUAUCAAGGCACAGCGGUGCCGGUAGCACUGGAUGAAACCCGUCCACUUGGACGCUACGAAGGUCAAGAUGUUGUACUGAAACUGAAGCCGGGAAUGAAUCUGAAGAAUUAUCGAUGGUUGGCAGUUAUGUCCAACUCUCAGAAUGGAAAUACCGGGUUAUCUAUGGAUUUGCCAAAUUGUAAUGUGUACGGGAACGGGAAGCUGCAAGUGCGUUGGGCCGUGCAAGGCUUUGAUCUGCUCGUCCAAAUGAAAGGCCGUAUCGAUGACGGACAGUAUAUGGCUUUCGGUAUAAGCGGUGCGCAGAAUCGAGUGUCGAUGAUCGGAUCGGAUGUUGUGGUUGCCUACUGGGACGCUAAUAGCAACAGCGUAAUCGCCCAAGACUACACCAUCAACGCCCGACAGGAAUGUAUGGCUCCAAUGGGGGUAUGUCCGGAUCUGAGAGUGGGGGGCAGUAAUAACGUGGACAUUGUCAGCAGCUCCCAUGCCGAUGGUUACACCAGCGUGACGUAUAAACGCCGCAUAAACACCGGGGAUAGACUGGAUCAGGUUAUUAAUCCCACUGUCGACACGUAUAUUGUGUGGGCCAUUGGGCCGCUGAAUCGCGACAAUUAUCCGGCCAAACAUUAUGAGGGGAUGCGGGCGAGUGCGGAAGUGGGAGAGAAGAUUCGCUUUGGCAGCGGCAGUAACCCUGUGGAUAACUGCAUGACUGCGCAUGAUCAGCUGAGCAAUGGACAAAUAUCUCCGACGUCCGGCGGUAGUAGUAAUCGGGCCAAAUAUGAGAAUGCCGCCUGGAAGAAGCAGUAUAUCCUGGGAAGCGAUACUAAAACCUUUAUUGCCGUCAUUGGACCGAGCGGUGGGAGAAAGGGAUUUAUGGCUGCUACGAGUAAACCGACGUGGGGAAUUGUUUGGUACAUCAAUGGCAAAAUGGCUCCAGAACUCAUACUGAGGCGAGGUGAAACUUACCAUUUCCUUGUUUACGGUGGAAUGUAUCCUCAGGCUCAACCACGCUUCCAUCCUUUCUAUCUGACCACGGAUCCGUCUGGAGGAUUUGGAAGCAAAUUUCCGGCGGACAAACAAAAAGAAGAAGCUGCCGGUAUUGUCGCGGGCAUCAAUAAACUGCCGAACGGAGACUACGAGCCAGUUACCGUGGGCCAAUACUGCGCAUUUGUCCAGUCGGGGUCAACCGAUCCCGACGCCUUUAUGUCUUUCGAAGAGUUCAACCGCACGUUGAGAUUACAAUGUGAUGGAUCUCCGCCCGGUGUUCUACCGGUGGGAGACGGCGUUGCAGGCCUCUUAGAGUGGACACCUUCGCCGGUGGAUCCCGCUCAUUUGUAUUAUCAGUGCUAUUCACACAGGGAUAUGGGAUGGAAAAUAACCCUGGUGAAUGACUAUAAUGAAUACAUGCCUUAUCAAGAUCGACCGCAGCUAACCGAGCCGGCUUCCGGUCUGAUCGCUCAAGGUUACCCCGGUGUUUUAAGUCGCGAUGUCAAUCCUGUUAGCCAGUCGAAUCGUUUAUUCGGACUGUCCGCACCUUUGUUACUUGUUUUUGUUGCUUUCUGUUUGCUGUAACUCUCUUGAAAGUAUCAUUCCUGAAAUUUAUGUUGUUGCGUUAUGAUGACGGAAGUGUAAAAAAAUAAAAUA